UCUUUCUCUCCUAUAUAAUAAUUAUAUAUUUUGUUAUCUCCCAACACAACAAACCACUUUCUCUUGUUCUUCCCUAUUAAAAUUCUCCAUUAUCAUAUUUUUCUGCAAUCAAAUUUGUUCAUAAAAACAGCAAUACUUAUAAGAUCAAUAAUCAGCCACCAUGAUUCACACAAGACUCUUCUCCCCGUCUUUUCGCCUUCUUUCUUCAUCUUCUUUUUCAAAGAAGGGAAAACGAAAGCUUAGAGGAGGCUGCUAUGGCGAUGCGUUUAGGGCAGUAUCUUCAAUGCCGGAGCCUUGUCGAUCAUCGCCUCUCAGUGAUGAUGAGAGCUGUGAUUUUGACUGGGAUAGUCUUGGAUUUGGGCUAAUGCCAACAGAUUAUAUGUAUAUUAUGAAAUGCUCUAAAGAUGAGAAUUUUGAACGAGGUCAAAUGAGCCGUUAUGGGAACAUUGAGUUGAGCCCUUCUGCUGGGGUUCUAAAUUAUGGCCAGGGGUUGUUUGAAGGUCUAAAAGCUUAUAGGAAAGAAGGUGGAGGCUUUCUUCUCUUUCGUCCAGACCAAAAUGCUCUUCGUAUGAAAACUGGUGCUGAACGAAUGUGUAUGCCGUCGCCCUCCAUCGAGCAGUUUGUUGAUGCUGUGAAGCAAAUUACCAUUGCUAAUAGGCGUUGGGUCCCUCCGCUGGGGAAAGGAUCACUUUACAUAAGGCCUUUGCUCAUUGGAACUGGUCCUGUUCUCGGCUUGGCUCCAGCGCCCGAGUAUACUUUUCUAAUUUAUGCUUCCCCUGUUCGCAACUAUUUUAAGGAAGGUUCGGCACCCUUGAACCUAUACGUUGAGAAUGAAUUCGUUCGUGCAUCUCGUGGUGGAGCUGGAGGUGUGAAAACCAUUUCAAAUUACGCUCCGGUCUUAAAAGCUAUUACCCGAGCGAAAAGCCGAGGGUUUUCUGAUGUCUUAUACCUUGAUUCGGUGAAUAAGAGAGAUCUGGAAGAAGUUUCUUCUUGCAACAUUUUCCUUGUAAAGGGCAAUGUUAUUUCAACUCCUGCUACAAAUGGAACAAUUCUUCCAGGAGUAACCCGGAAAAGCAUCAUUGAAAUUGCCCGUGAUCGCGGUUACGAGGUCGAGGAACGGGCCAUUAACAUGGAAGAACUGUUUGACGCUCGUGAAGUUUUCUGCACUGGAACAGCUGUUGGUGUGGCCCCAGUUGGCAGCAUCAAAUGUAUGGAUAGAAGGAUUGAAUACCAAACAGGCGCUGACACAACAUGCCAAGAACUAUAUUCAACUCUUGUUGGGAUUCAAACUGGAACCAUUGAGGAUAAGAUGGGGUGGACUGUUGAGAUCUCUUGAGUUUUCAUCUGCCCCAUCAACAUGAAUCGUAAAUUGCAUAUCACAUGUCGAUUCUCUGCGGUCGGGUUGUCCGUAUAAUGUCUCAAAGUUUGGUAUUGUUUUACUUUUCAUUAGUACCAUAGCUGUAAACUUAUGUACAGAAUAAUUAACCAGCAAGCCUUCUCAAUGAAUUGAAUUUCAAUACAAGUUGGAAAUUUGUAGGAGGGGGAUCAAAAGCUGGAGAUUCAUAUGAAAAUGAUGAACAAAUUGAAAUCUUUUAUAUAUAAAUUUUGUGCAUUGUGAAGAAA